AUGAAUAUUAAUAAUUAUGAUAUUGUGUUGGUUCAAGAACCAUAUUGCCUCAGGAAUACUCCAGCGUGUCUUCCAACUUAUUGUCCAGCCCUUCAAGGGACUGAUCUGUAUCCGUGGGCCAUAUCCUUAGUACCAAAUAGACAUAUAUCAGUUAUGCAUCACAUUGCUUUCAGUAACCAAUAUAUGAUUACUUUAGAAGUAUUGUUGACGGAAAUUCGUCUUAUUGUGGUAAACACUUAUUUUCCUGGCGAUGCUGACUCUGAGGAGUACAUUAGCGGUCUUCAGAGAAUUGUUGAUGCAUUUCGGGACUCACACAUUCUAAUUGCUGGUGAUUUGAACGCGCACUCACCCGCUUGGGGUGGCGAAGUCUUUGACCGACGAGGAGGUUUACUUGAGGAAUUUUUUAUGCAUAAUGAUCUUUUAGUUAUAAAUAAUCCUCUAUCUCCACCGACUUUCACCUCUCAUAGGGGUGAGAGUUGGAUUGAUGUCACGGUUGGAUGCAGUAGAACUUACACAAAAAUUAAUAAUUGGAGAGUCCUUUCUGAGGACAGUCUUACAGAGCAUGCUCUGAUCUCUUUUGAUCUGUUCAAUUCUGUUGACGGGCAAACUCCUGCAUAUGCUCCACCUUUGAAAUAUGCCCUAAAUCGUGCAGAUUGGCUGGGAUUAAAGGAUUAUCUGGAAACACACUUGAUAUCCUAUUAUUCUGAGAGUCCUAUCGAUGCUAGACAACAAAUAGACACUAAUAUUGCAUCAAUAACACACGCAUGUGAUUUAUAUAUUCCUAAAAAGACACCACGCAAAAGACGUGUACCAUGGUGGACUAAUGAGCUUGAAAAUCUCCGUCGAACCACUCGACAUUUAAGAAGAACCUAUCAAAGAUGCAGGGACAAUCGCAUGCGUAACAUGCAUAGAACUGCAUAUCUACUGGCGUGA